GGCCGGGCAUUCCCCUGUGGCCUUUCUCCUUCUAACAAGAAGUGGAAGGACAAAUACGUGUCCAUCAAAUUCCGCCCGACCGCUUUUCCUUUCACCCAAAACGUCUAGGGAAAGAGAAUGAAGCGCCAGGUCAAACCCUCGGAGGCCGACGACCUGGUCGGUUGGGAGGCCACUCUCCGGGCCAGGGACGCUUCCACCCGCGGUCUUUACAACGUCCGGAAGUGGAGCGUCUAUCCUGGCCGGGAGACUGAUCCCGAGCCAGAGAUCAUUCUGACUGAAGCGAUCCCUGACGCCGUCCCCCUCCGCCGGGUUAGAGGGUCCAAAGCCCCGGUUACUGCCGCUGCCGGUCCCUCGCGUCCGGGGAAGAAGAAGAAGGCGAAAGUGGUGAAGUUCCAGUCCAAAUUCGCCAUUCCCAAGAUCGUCAUCGAGGAGCCCUCCUCUGCCGAGCCCCUCAGCCAGCCAAUCUCCCUGGAUGAGCAGCCGGCCCAAUCCCAGCAAGGGACUAGCCAGCCAAUCCACUCCGGGGAACUCUACAUAAAUGUAGAUACCCUGAAGUUUGAUAACAUGCUGGCUGAAAACGCCCAUACCUCCGAGGCAAGUCAGGAUGGCCACCAAAACGGGGAAGGCCACGGCGAAGAGGAGGCUGCUCAAGAGUCUCUUCAAAGGAAGAGACGAAGGGCUGAAGUCGUUGACCAGUCGGCCAAACGCGUUGGCCGGAUUGGCCUGGAGUACUUUACCCGGCUGGUGAAGUCCAGGGAUGAGGAGAAGGCCCGGCUGGAGGCCAUGAUGGUAGAAUGCCGGAAGGAUGCCCAGGCCGCCCAUGCCAAGGCGGAGAAGGCGGAGGCAAAGCUCGUGGAGCACUGCACGGUCUACCGCCAACUCUACGCCAAGCACGACGGUCUUCUCAAGGCUGCAAAAGAGGCCGAUGCGCAGGCUCAAGAAAAGAUUCAGCACCUGGAGGCCGAGAAUGCCCGGUCGGCUGAAGAGAUUGCCCAGGUUGGGGAUGAGUUGGAGAAGGAGCGGGCGGAGCGUGCUGCCUUUGCCGCUGCCUGGGCAACCCAAGCGCAUGAAGAGUUCGCCGCCCAGGCGCUACUUCCAGGGCCUUUACAAGCACAAGGUGUCGGCCGGGAUCGUGGAUGAGAUCGGCACCUUUGGCUUUGAGAGCGGCCAGUACGCCGAGCGGCGGGCCCUCUAUGGCAUCCUCGAGCAGCGGAUCCAUGGUUUUCGGCCCAAGGCACUCUCUCUGCUCGAGCUUCAUGAUGAGGAGCCGGUCCCUCCAUUCCCGGGAAUCUGAUCCCCCGGGCCUUCCUAUUUUAUUUUUGUUCUCAUAUGUAAUGAUCUGCCUCCGGGCACUUUUGUAAAACUUCAAUAUUAAUGAAAAUUCCAUUUCCAU